CUAUUUAACCGCCACGUGGAGCAGCCGUCCGGCGCCAGGCCGCCCCUCCCACGAGCAGGUCCCGGGUCAGCAUGGAGCGCACCGAGCGACCCCGACCCUUCAAAGAGAGGAAGAGCUUCGCGCAAAGGAAGCAGGAAGUGGACGUGAUCCGCGAGAAGUUCCCCGGCAAGGUCCCGGUGAUCCUCGAGCGGUACCGGCGGGAGAAGUAUCUGCCGCUGCUGGAGAAAACCAAGUUUUUGGUCCCGGAAGAGCUGACCAUGACCCAGUUCGUGGGUGUGGUGAGAAACCGCCUGUGCCUGACGCCCCGACACGCGUUCUACAUCCUCAUCAACAACCGCGGCAUCGCCAGCAUGUCCCUCACCAUGGGCGAGGUGUACAGAGAGCACCAGGACGCGGACGGCUUCCUCUACAUGACCUACGCGUCUCAGGAAGCGUUUGGGUCUCGUGUGGCCUCACCAUGACCAUGCCUUUUAACCGCAGUGAUGCGCACCUCCAGGGUGUCUCCAGUAUUUAAUCAGACUGUGAUUUCAGCAUUUUCAGGUUUUUUUAAUGGUAAAAGACAAAAUAAAUAAAAUGUUUUAAUAUUUUAACAUGUUUCUCAACCCAGCUGACAGCAUAUUGUGGGGAUUAGGAUGCUGUUAUAGUUUUACUGCGGGUCACAUGGGUAAACUUUAGCAGCAGCUCUUCCACAGGUUCAGGUGUCUGUUGUAGGGUGAUGCUGUGAAUUGAUUCUGAAGCAAAGGAUCUUCUCCAUUUCAGUUUGGCCUGCAGCUCGUCAGCCGAGUCUUCUGCGGGAGGCCAGUUGCACAGGUUCAAUUUACUCGUUAGUUAAUACACCCCGCCUGUGUGGGUGGGCGUGGCCUCUGUUAAAUGGAAAUUUUACUAUACAGCCGCACGAGGGCGCUGUUGCACUGCGUAAAAAUUGAGCGGCGCAAAACCCCCGAUUCAUAAACCAGGAAUUCAUGGUUUUUUGCAAGACACUGAUUGUGUCUUGCAAAAUGAUCAGUUCCUCAUUCACACUUCACUGUCCUUAACUAGAAAGUUGAUCCAAACUCGUUUAAAUGUCAUACCUACAACAUAACUGCUUCCUGUGUUAUAACCAUGUCUCAUGCAAUGAGGGUAGGUGAUGCAUGUGAAUCUGUGUCCUAAUGAUGGUGUGGAUCCUGUCCAGGGUAUGUCACAUGCCCUCUGCUUCCAGCAUAGGCUCUGCACCACCACAUCCCCCUCACUGGGCUAUUGUUUACUGGUGGGUUGACCUGGUUUGGGUCCUGGAAAUGGGUCAUAGAGCUGACAUGUACACAGGAACUGUCAUGGGGGUGGGGGGCGGAUUGCUGUUGAGGGAGAGUCAUCCCAGCAGGCUGUGUGAGCAGCUGUUGAGUGGCUUCGGGGCCUAUUCUGCACAUCUCCUGGCAGGUUGGCAUGGGCCUGGGGACGGUGUGACAUUUAAGCGCUGUGCCGUGUGUGCGCACGCGCGCAGAAAGUGCAGCCAACUCUUGAAGAGAACGUGCCGACGGAGUGGGGUCCCCGUUGCUGACUGAAUCGGAUGACCAAUGGUCCGAUUUCUCCGGGUUCCGGGACAGACGAACCUCAGGUCUCUGGCCUAAUUACACAUUUGUUUUUCUGACACUUGUCUCCAAUAUGAUUGUGUUGUUACUUGCACUGAUUUACGCAUUUGUGCUGCAGGAUAAUUUUUGCUGGCUCAGUUCAAAGUACCUCAAGGAAGGCUACUGUAGCAAUAAGUGGGAUUUGAACCUACAACUGUCAGAUCCAAAGGUUGCAGCUGCACCCACUAUGCUGUCUUCUAGCCCAUUUUUGUUAACCCGCCCCUAGCAUCAGUCAGGCCUGUGAAGAGAAACCCCCCACAGAAGCUCUAGCCACUGAUAAACAAAUACAGUCACCUCUGUCAAGGAGGUGGGGAGGCUGCUGCUGACAUUGAAAUGAGUCCUCUGAGUGUCCCUGCUAGGAUACGGUCCUAAGCGUGAGGAGUUGGGUCAUAGUGGGGCCUCCGGUGCUGUUUGCAGGAGCAAUCGGUGGAAACACGAUAGAACACAGCGUGCCGCUACCCCCCAGGUGGACGUGUGGUCUGCGCCCACCGGGGACGGACAGCGUAGUACAGCAGGGUGGAGGCUGUCCAUCCCGAAGACCCGCGCAGUGAUUAGUAUUGAUUCACUCGCUCAAUUCCAUUGGAAACUCAUUUUUUAAUUG